CUUUUCGCGCGCCUCCCUUCGUCGUCGCGACGCCGCGCCAUUUUCUCGCGCACGUGGGCGAUGCCGGUCGAGCGAGGGCGCUCGACUCUAACGCCAUUAAUACGGCCGUCGUGAAUGAACGCCGACCUCGACCGGGUGGCUGGCGUCCAUUGAUAGGGCGCGCAGCGGGCGACGACCGGCCACGCGUCCACACGGGGGCGGCGUGCUGCACGCCCUCGCUACAGCGAUCGUGCCUCAGUCGAGGAUGUGGCGUUCUCCGCGCGACGACACUCACCGCGUGCGAAAUCUGUGUUCAUUUAUCAGUAGAUACUCGUGACCCUUCAGUGUGAUUACCGUGCCGCGUUUUUGUAAUUUCCUAAAUGUAAUGUUCUGUGAUCGCGUCAAUUUCGUUAGGACAUAAGUUAGAUAGUUUACGAAAAUAACCGUUAGGGUGCAUAGUGAUAUACGAGUUGAUCGGCGUAAGCGCCGCCUGCAAGGCUUUGGCGCACGUGCAAAGCGGUGCAUGUGAGUGUAGGUGCGCUGUGUGGCCGCGCACCGUGGUGUGGUGUGUGCAGUGUGGGGAUGCACUCGUGCGAUGCUCUCGGUGAUCGCGAUGCGUCGGCCGGAGGACGAGGAGCUGGGCGGUCGCGGCGAUGGCGACGAGUUUGUGGACAUAUCCCACAUGCAAUUACUGGUGGAGGCGGGCCCGAGCGGGCUGCACUACGGAGGCCCGCCACCGCCGCAUGCACAGCCCCAGCCCUACGCACAGCCGCCCGCGCAUCCCGUAACUACCACGGCUUCCGUCGACGAUCUCUUCGCGCUCUACUUUACACCCACCUCGCAUGGUGAACACAUAGGUACAUUACCAGGCGAUGAACUCUCACUAGGAUGUUCGCCGCGACGGCAUAAACACGAGGCAUCGUUGUCUCCAGGCGCACGCGCAGAGGACGCCAGUAACGCGUCAAGUGCGAGCGCCUCCCUAUAUGGCCCUCCAGCUGGAGGUAUUGCAAAACGUGCCCCUUCACCGCCAUUACAAUGGCUAAUACCACCGGGGCCAGGGCCGGGUAGCGUCGACAAGUACUUUCAACAAGAUUACGAGGAGCGCGUCGAAUUACUCCCGCCGGAGUGUCAGACCUCCUACUGUCCGCCUCCGCAGGCCUGUCCUCCGCCUCAACACUGCGAGUACCGGCCUCCUCCACCGCAACCGCAACCACAACAGCAGCACUCGUGGGAAACACAAGAGUAUGCAAGUGCACCGCAGCCGACUCCGGGACCAUCGGGUUUGUUGAAACGAGAACCGUACCCGAGUCCUGCUGGAGAUAGACCCGUACAGCUCGCUGAGUACAACCCCUCUACUAGUAAAGGCCAUGAGAUUCUAUCUCAAGUGUAUCAACAAAGCACACAACCACUAAGACUUGUUGCUGUAAAGCCGCGAAAAUACCCCAAUCGGCCGAGCAAAACCCCUGUUCAUGAGAGGCCAUAUGCGUGUCCUGUCGAUGGUUGCGAUCGCCGAUUCUCAAGAUCAGAUGAAUUAACGAGGCACAUUCGUAUCCAUACGGGACAGAAACCGUUCCAGUGCCGCAUAUGUAUGCGCUCGUUUAGCAGAUCAGAUCACCUCACGACACAUGUUCGAACACACACAGGAGAGAAACCUUUUGCAUGUGACGUGUGCGGCAGAAAGUUCGCGCGUUCUGAUGAAAAGAAGCGGCACGCAAAGGUUCACUUGAAACAGCGAUUGAAGAGGGAACGCGGCGGCGGCGGGCCUGCGCACCACCACGAAUCGCAUCCGCAUGCGCCUGCGCCUCUCUAGCGAUCACCAGCGCCCGCGUCGGCGCUCUCACCGCUACAUUCGAGCGGCGAACCGCCGUCGACUCCCGGGACCUCCGACUCUUCGGAUAACUGAACUUUUAUAUUUUCACGUUGAAGUUAUCAAAUAAUUUCAUCGCUUAGGUGUAAAAAAUUGUCUUUAACGAAGCUUUAUUAACUCUACAUUUUGUAAAUUCACUGAAAUUUAUAUAAUAUAUAUUAUAUAGGUAUAUAUAUUAAUAUAUAUAUAUAUAUAUCUUUUUAUACGUAUUUGUCAUUAUUAUCAGGAAAUGAACUCGAUGUAUUUAUUUAGAUAGGUAGGUUAAUUGAAUGAACUCGACUGGGAACAAAUGUAAAUACGAAGCGAUGUGGCCUAAAGUGUCCAAUGCACGCAACAAUUAUACGGUUACUGUGCGACCUCGUGCCCCGGUCAUGUAGCAGACGAUCUCAGCGAUUGAAGAAGAUUGCAUCGCUGUCGUCUUCGACAUAGUGUGAACACAUAUCUUUCUGUCUGAUGGUAGUUCCAUAGCUAAACUUAAAAAUAUAUCUCAGAAUGAUAUAGCACACUGGUGCGUUCAAUGUGAGUGUAUUACGAAGUGAUUGUAAAGAAGUGAUACACAAUGAGCCUAUCGCAGGUACAAACGAGGCAAAAUAAUGUUUACCACUAGCAUGUUAAGAAACGGCGUGUUUUUGAUACGCAUCUUCGAGAUGAAAAUUUGUAGAAAAAAUGUGGUAAACAUUUAUUGGCCACGAUUACCUACUUAAUUAUUGUAGGUAGGUCUAAUUAAUAUACUUUACAAAACUAACGUGAAACUGUGCCAUUUAUUAACUUUACAACAUUACGUGCCACUGCAGUUUUUAUUUAAUACAUUGUAUACUAAGUGUAACACGACUGCUAAAUAAGUGAUAACUAUUAUUAUUUUGUUUUAUAUUUCUAGUCGAAGUUAUUACGAGCGCAAGAAUAUCGACUAUUGUUUGUUUUAUAAGAUGCAUACAUUCACUGUAAAACGAUUUAUUUUCGACAGCUGCUGUCAAUCUUCUCUUGCUCAAUGAUUUAUUUAACAAAAUUUGCUCAAUUCCGCUUCUUUUAGAUCGUACUCCAUACAAUUUAUUUAGUAUCAAUGUUUUUUUCACUACUAACGCUAUCAGAUCUAUGUGUAUUGUAAUUCUCUAUGCAAUGUUGCACUUGUUAUUCUAUUAAUCACUGAUUAAUUUUUCUCAGUGGCAUAUAUUUUUAUAAUAUGCAUAUUAUUUAUCUAGACUAACCUAGUAUAUAGCGUAUGCGGUAAAUUAUGAUCUCUUAAUCAUUAUUAAUUAUAAUUUUCAAGUACCUUAGCGAGGUCCCCUAAUUUAUAAUACUCAUAAGUUUUUGUGUAGAUAUAAUUAUCUGUAAGUCUCGUUUCUAAAAUUUAAAUUUCAUUUACUGUGAUGAUUGUUACGCAAUUCCUGUUUUAUAUACAUAAUUCAAGUAGGUAGGUAGGUAGUCAAUGUUCACCGCUGCGAGUGUUUGUCCCAUUCGCAACCGUACCUAUUAGAUCAAUUUGUUUAUACGUACAGUAAACAGGAAAUUAGAGUACCUAUUCCUAAUUUUAAAUCUUAAAUAUAUAAUAAAAAUUAGAAAUGGUACCGUUUCUGCUAGUCGCAAAUGAUGUAGAUACCCAACGUAGAUACGGUAUGGUUUUUACAUUAGUACAAAAUUAAGCACAAAUAUGUAGAUGUUCUCUUUAAAUGUAAUAUGUUAUAAACGCCUUCAAGUUCAACUUAUACCUAUUUCUUACUUACUAUUGUAAAUCACUGAUUCAAGUGGUUUUUAAUUAUAUUACUGUUAUGUACUCGCGGGUUACACUACAAAUGUAAUUUUAUAAAUAGGUAUAAACAUAAAUUCCAGAAAUCAAAUAAAUUGUAACAUGUCACCGAACAAGCAGUGAUAAUAAUACAACAGGGUGGGCCCUUAAUAAUCUUGGUCGUUAUGAAUUUAGGAUACCAGACAAUAAUAUUACCUACAAAUUUUUGCGACUACUACUCUAACCGCAAAUGGGGGCGGUAACAAUUAUAAAUUCUUAUGUCAAGAAAAAAAAAAUAAAAAAAUUGGCUUUCUUGACACAAAAAAAACACAAACUAUUGUAUUGCUGAGAUCAAGACAAAAACAAAAAAUUUGUAAAAUCUACCUGUACCUAAGUACAUUACCAGAAAAAUCGUCCAGAAUUUUCUCGUAAAUUCACGUUCUUUUUAUGUAUAUUAUACAGUUAUAAAUAGCUGAAAUUGCAUUGUAUAAAAUGUCAAAACAUACAUAGCAUUUUUUAUACUAAAUGUUAACAAGUUUUAACACAAUCGCAAGCCAAUGAGAUUAUAAGAAAAGUAAUUUGAUACGAAAUUGAAAACUCGCGAAUCUACUGUGAAAAUGUUGGCAGGGUUAGUUUCAGUACUUGACUCUACUUCGGUAUAUAUUUUCUACUCACCAGUUAUAUCUGAAUUACAAAAUGCUCAAACUUGUAAUUAACUUUUGGUAAUAUUUAUAUAAUAGAUAGCAAUGUCAGUAGGUAUGUACACAGUGAAACCGUUCCCAGUUGCUCAGUUGCACUUUAAAUAAAAUUGCAAAUCAUAACACGCGUUCUUCUUAAUGAGCGAACAAACUUGGUAUAAACUAACGCGACCACACAUUUGUAUACACAAUUAGAAUGAAGUACGAGUUUAUAAUAUUUUUACUGUUAUAAAAGAGACAAAGUCUCCGAUAGACAAGGCUAGAGUAGAUAGGUAUUAAUAAAGCGUAUUCAUGUUAAUCGAGUGACAAUUGAAACGGAAAAGACUAAAUUCUUACACAUUUUACGUAAUGUUGCAUCGCGUUAACGUUAUUGAUAUACGGUGUUUGUAUUAGGUUACGAGUUGCGACUCGCCGAUUGUUCGUAGGCCAAAACCGCGGCGCCCUAGGCGUCGGCGGCGACGGUUCUUUGGGCACAUCGGACAGUGGGGCGAUUUUACAUUGUUAACAACUUCUGUUACAUUACAAUUCUGUUGCGGUGAAACGCGUCAUUUUUAACAUUUCACGUUACUACCUAGAACUUAGCGAAUUUUACGAACAGAAAUCGAUAACUUUUAUGGUGUUCACACAAUACCUUAAUGAAUGGGUACGAAAUCUUUACGAAUUUUGUGUAAGUAUGGUUAUUAUUUUAAGCUGUCUUUGUAUUUCACCAGAGUGAAAGAUGUUGUUGAUGUUCUAAAAUGUAAAUUAGUUAUAAGUGCAUAGGUAUUGUUAAAUCCCACUAAUUUUUACUAAAUUCUAUUUAAUAUAUUUGUAAAUACACUCUGACUAAAUUUGAAUUUAAUGUGUAUAUAAGAAGAAAACAAAUUUUUAUUUAAUAUUGAAACCACCUAAGGUGCGAAAAUACAAAUUGUUGAAAACUUAA